CAGAAGGACCUUGGGCUCAUGCAUACAUUUUUUUUCUCUUUUUUUAAAAAUGAACAAUCACUGGAAACAAAUAAAGGGUUAAUAGGCCAGUCAUUGCCCCGCCCUGUGAGAGCCGAAGGGAGCAGGUUUGAAAGUUCCUGUGUGCAGAAGGGGAGGCUGGGGGUGGGGGACGCGAAGUAUUUCUACGAGGCUCCUGCAAGGCUAGCGAUGCGGCGGGACCCGGGGGGGGCUCGGCCGGGUUCCGUGCGGAAGAGUUGACCGCGCGCGAUCCCCGCCGCCCGCAGCCGAGGUCCAGGCUUCUCCAGCCAGGAACCCAAGCGAGAACACCGGUGCCUCUGUCUGGGCCAGGGAGGGACUGAAAUCAGAGCUGGGGAGGCGGUUUCCCCCUGGGCUGUCAUCCUUCAGGGGCUGGGAGCCCAGGCGGGCGAGGGCGAGGGCGAGGGCGAGAGCCGAGUUUGGAGAGGGGGCUGCCGGAGUCGCACCGGGCGUUGAGGUGUUUGAUGUCCAUGCCACUGACCGAGAAGACCAGGCGAUUUAUGCCACAGUACCCCGGGUCGGCACUGCCAAGGCUAUGCGAGAACGCGGCCAGGACAGCCUGGCAGGACUCGUGCUGUAUGUAGGACUCUUCGGGCACCCCGGAAUGCUGCACAGGGCCAAGUACAGCCGCUUUCGGAACGAAUCCAUCUCGUCCUUGGAUGAAGGCAGCCCUGGAGGCUCGGUCGGGAACAAGGUCUCGCCGCAGCCUCCCUAUCCUACCCUGGCACCUCACCUGCCGCCUGAAGAUGCCACCUUGCCGUCCCAGGAGAGCCCCACCCCACUGUGCACCUUGAUCCCUCGCAUGGCCAGCAUGAAGCUGGCCAACCCAGCCACUUUGCUGAGUCUGAAAAACUUUUGUCUGGGUACCAAAGAGGUGCCCCGACUGAAGCUCCAGGAAAGCCAGGACCCGGCUCCCAGCAACCCGGUUUCCCCUGAAACCAGUCUAAGUCGGGCCGGGUCUGCACCUCCGCCGCAGCCUAGCCUGGUGGGGCACCGGGCUACCGCCUUCGCUGCUGAUGCUUGCCCGCUUCCGGGCCCUGGAGAGCCACCUUCCAGGAGCCGGCAGGACAGGCACUUCCUGCAGCACCUGUUGGGGAUGGGCGUGAACUACUGUGUGAGGUACAUGGGCUGUAUUGAAGUGCUGCAAUCAAUGAGGUCACUGGAUUUUGGAAUGCGAACCCAAGUUACAAGGGAAGCAAUAAGUCGCCUGUGUGAAGCUGUCCCUGGGGCAAACGGAGCCAUUAAAAAGAGAAAGCCUCCAGUUAAGUUUUUAUCAACGGUUCUUGGCAAAAGUAAUCUUCAGUUUUCGGGACUGAAUAUAAAACUGACCAUCUCAACAUGCAGCCUUACACUGAUGAAUGUUGACAACCAGCAGAUUAUUGCAAAUCAUCACAUGCAGUCAAUUUCAUUUGCCUCUGGAGGGGAUCCUGAUACCACAGACUAUGUUGCCUACGUAGCUAAAGAUCCCGUUAAUCAACGAGCCUGCCACAUACUGGAGUGCCGCAAUGGAAUGGCCCAAGACGUCAUAAGUACCAUCGGACAGGCUUUUGAACUCAGGUUUAAACAGUACUUGAAAAAUCCUUCUUUGAGUACUUCUUGUGAAAGUGAGGAGGUACAUAUUGAUGGCCCCGCCGAGGACAGAGAAGAUCAUGAGUAUUACAAUGAAAUCCCAGGGAAGCAGCCACCUGCAGGUGGUAUUUCAGAUGUACGAAUUAAAGUUCAAGCCUCAGAACAAAUGGUGUACUGCCCCAUACGGUGUGAAAAGUUGUGCUAUUUGCCUGGAAACCCCAAGUGUAGCAGUGUGUAUGAGAACUGUUUGGAACGAGGCCUAGCAGUGGGAAAUGCCCAUGAGAGGGGGCUGCAGUCCCAACGAGAGGCUUCAUUAAUGAAGCACACAUGUCGAGUGGAUCUCUUCGAUGACCCUUGCUACAUUAAUACACAAGCGCUUCAAAGUACACUUAGCUCUGCUCGAAAUCAAAGCUCAGCUCAACUGGGGAGCCCAUGGCACCAUGGAAAGGCACCAGAAACCGUUCAGCCAGGUGCCACAGCCCAGCCUGCCAGCUCACAUUCCAUACCACACAUCAAGCAGCAGCUGUGGAGUGAGGAAUGCUACCACGGCAAGCUGAGCAGGAAGGCGGCAGAGAGCCUCUUGGUAAAGGAUGGGGACUUUUUGGUUCGAGAGAGUGCAACAUCCCCUGGCCAGUACGUGCUGAGUGGACUCCAGGGAGGCCAGGCAAAACAUCUUCUUCUGGUGGAUCCCGAAGGCAAGGUGAGGACCAAAGAUCAUGUCUUUGAUAAUGUUGGCCAUCUUAUUAGAUACCAUAUGGAUAACAGUUUGCCCAUCAUCUCUUCUGGAAGUGAAGUGAGCCUUAUACAACCAGUGAAAAAAGAUAAUAAUCCAGGACUUUUGCAUUCCAACAAAUGACAGUUUUGAAGCGCCAUCACGCUGAUAUUUCAAGAAACUGCAUUUUGUGUUAAAACAAAAGACAAUCCAAACUUUGUUUCUAGACAAGACAGAGCACAAACUGUGAAGUGCAUCUUUCUGAAACCAUCAUGGACUAAAUCUUUUAUAAAACAAAGAACUAACAAGAAACUGAUCUUCAGAAAAUGAAAGUUGGAAAAAAGAAAGAGGAUUGAUUCAUAUGAAAAGAAAUUAUACAUAUGCACGGAUGUCACUUUUUAAGGUCAUUUUGCAUUGAUAACAAGCUAAAAGCACAAUUAAAAUUUCACAUGAUAAAGACAAUUGGAAAGAACUGCUGGGGCAGUGGUAUGUGCCUUUCAACUUGAUAAUUUGGGGACAUUUUAAUAUUGGGGAGAUUAGUUCUAAGUAAUUCAUGUUCUAUAACUACAGAACCAUUUGCCAAAAAGUAGGUUUUUUCUUGCUACAAAAAAUAAAAAAGCAAUUUGCUCAAUAGUUAUGGACUCUAUUACAUUUUCUCUUCAGCAACAUUUUCCACUGCAAUGUUAAAAUUAAUAUGACAUUGAAUUCGGGCUAUGUCUAUGUCAGUGAAAUAAAAGCAGAAACCAUGGAAAACAUUGGUCUUUUUCAUUGGUCUGUCCCAUUUUCUAGUUAAAGAGUUGGGGCCCAAAUUCUUUAGCUUAGUAUUUCUCUCUCUGCCAUUUGGACAGUUUGCAUACAGCAUGUGACAAGCUAAAGAGGCCGAAUCUAUCAGUCAUUUCUGAUGUCAUCAUUUUCCCUCACUCAAAAACCAUGGAAUAAUUUCCUCGUUAGCUGCCACUCAGUUAUAGUCUCUCAUAUCCAUGUAUGCUUAGCACCUUUUCUAUAUAUGUUCAGACAAAAUGCAGAAGAGAAGAAACUUAUUGAAUAUAGCUAGUGGAAAGGUUUGCCAUAUGUGGGCCAUUGGUAUAUUGAUAGUGUAAUUAAGCAUUGUGUACAGAAUAGCACUAGGCUUGGGCAUAUCAAUGUGACAUUGAAUAAGUCGUUGAACCUGUCUUGAUUCAGUUUCUUGGUCUGUAAAAUGAGGGAGUUAGGCUAGAUGUAUGUAGUGGUCUACUUCAGUCCGAACAUAGUAUAAGUCAAUAAAAAGCAAGAUGUUCAUUUCUUAGGAUCAAUAUUGAUAAUCAGUCUACAUAGUUAAGGUAAAAAAUUCAGUUUUUUUCUCUUUAGACUGUCUCUGCACUCAGAGAAUGAAUGAUACCACUAUGAUCAGAUUCACAUAGUUUAGACCCUAAGCUUUCUAGUUUAAAACAUUGAAACUUUUGGAAUAACAGAUAUAAUGAUGAUAGAAACAGAUAUGGUUUCUGAGUAGCAGAAAAUUGCUUCAGUCCUUUUUUGCCUUUGUACAUGGAAAUAUGAUCAUUACAGUGUUUUUAUUUUUGUUUCCCAUCCUCGGUUAACUGGAUAAUUGCCUUAACUCUAUUUCAUUUUGGCUAUGUAGA